AUUUUAUAGACUUUGAGUAGAGGUAAAAUGAAGUUAAAAAGGAUUAGCAAGCAAGACAAAUAUGACAGUACAGACAAGGAUGUAGAGAUGCUUGACCAAAUAGAUAGAUCUAACCCCCUUCAACAAGAAUGAAGUUGGCCAGAUACACUAGAAAUUAAACAGUGCAGUCCUAUCAAAGAAGAAGGAAAAAGCGAUGCUUCGAAAAAUCAUGAUGAAUUUUGAUCUUCAGAGGGCUAUAAUAUUUUCCAAGCUAUCCUCACUGUGGAUAAUGGUUUACCAGAAUGUUUUAGGACUUCUGAGAUUUUACCAGGAGAGCCCAAAAUUCCAAGGAAAGAAAUUAGGGAGAACACUUCAAGAUCAGUCUACAGACGUAUACAUAAGCAUGAAUCAGACUAUAAAUUAAAUAAUCUCAAAUUUAACACAGCUGCCAAAGGAGGUUUUGCAAAGAAUUCUAAUUAUUUCCAGAGGAGGCCUAAAAGACAACAUCAUGAUCAUCGGAGAAAACAUCACAGAAGGCAUUACAGAAAUACCAAAAGAUACGAAGAAAGAGCCAAAAGCAGAAGAAGUUCAAAGAGCCGGAACAAAUCAGCUUUAGAGGAAGAAAAUAGCAAAAAAUCAUCCCAAGAUUGUAUCUCUUCUAUUUUUGAAGACCGUUGCAAGAUCAGAGGCCCACCCUCCUCUAUUAAGUUACUGAGAGAAUAUAUGGAGGAAUGUACUCCAGACAAACAAUUGAAGCAGAUGUGUGACUGUAAAAAUAACCCGAAAUACGAUACAAUCUGAGAGUACUGAAACAAUGAGGACUUUGAAGGAUCAAUGAUAGGAAAAAUAGAUGAAGAUAUGUUUGAUGAUUCCCCAGUACAGACUCCUAGGCAAGAGUUUGUUUUCCUAACCUUUGACAAUCUUCAGCCUGAAGAUAUAGAGAACCGAUACUCACCAGGCGGAAUAGAGAGCUAAUUAUUUUGGUGAAUGCCAACAUUUGAUCUCUUCUCCUGGGUUCAAGCUUAUAGAAGUAACUCAACUAUCAAAGAGAAUUUUACUCUACUAUAUCACAAGGAUUGGAUAAUCCCUGUCAUCUUAGGAUGGAUCAAAGAUUGGUGGUCUCAAGAAGACACUAUAAUAAUAAUUUUCACUUGUUUUCAAUGCAU